ACCACGAUCCCACACCACAUCCGCACUUUGAAUAACGACACUCUCAGUCUUUUCACCUCCGACCGCCAACAUCACCGGCGAAGUUUCAGAUUACUACAGCAAACAAGAAGAAACAAAUGGCGUGGUUGCUCUCCUUGAAGGCUAUGUUGAUGUCGGCCGGAGUUCUUUCCAUGGCUCUUGCUCUGAAGGUCUCCGUUCCUUUGGUUUUUGAGUUUUCAGUUCUGUAUGUGCCUCUGAUUUGGAACUCCCUCAUUUCUUGCCUGAGACCUCCUUACAUUUACAUUAUCAUCAACGGCAUCAUCAUCUCUAUCGUCGCCUCCUCGCGCUUCCACCAGAAGGAAGCCGAUGCUUAUGUUGAGAUUCCUUCUGCAACUAGGGAGAUUGUUUCGGAAUUCACUAUUGUAGAAUCGCCAACGGCUUAUGAACAGAGAGAUGAACUGAUUGUUUCGGAAGUGAAGGCUAUCGAUGCGAUUGAUUUGCCGUUUGAAGAAGCAAUUGCUCCAGAAGUGAAGGAAAUCGAGGCGGUGAUCUUGCCGAGAGAAGAAGUAAUUGUUCCGGAAGCGAAGGUUAUCGAGACGAUUAGCUCUGUUGAAGCUGAAGCAGAGGAUGAGGACAAAUUUGUCAUAUCGGCAAAUCCGAGAAGGAAUUCGCUGGAGAGGAUGAGAUUACCGGAGAAACCGCUUGUUUCUUCCAGAUUUGGUCACCGGAAAUCGGCUAAAGCGAGUCCCGAAGGCGGAAAGGUGCUGGGAGUAGUAUCGAAGGCGAAACGGCACGAGACGCUUGAGAACACGUGGAAGGCGAUAACGGAAGGAAGAGCAAUGCCGUUGAGCAGGCACAUGAAGAAGAACGAGACGUGGGAGAAUCACGGCCGUCAGAAUAACGGCGGCGAGGUUGAAUCGAGAUCGGAGACUUUGAAGGACAGGACGAAUCAGGCAAUGACGGCGGUGAAUGUGUCAGGUCAGGCGGUGAAGCUGAGGAAAGAAGCGUCGAUGAGUCAGGACGAUUUGAAUCGGCGAGUGGAGGAUUUCAUAAGGAGGUUCAACGAGGAGAUGAGGUUGCAGAGGGAACAGUCGUUGAAGAAGUAUUGGGAGAUGGUGAACCGUGAUAACUGAAUUUUUACAUAUUAUUCCCUUUUGGAGCUUUUUUAAUUCCUUUGGGUAAAUGGAAAUUUACUUUUUCUUUUAGUUGUAAAAUUUUAAAAAUAUAUAUUUGAAUUGUAAUUUUAGAAAUGUUCCAUAAUAGCAAAAAAUUAUAGAUUUGUAUAAGUUAUUUUGUUUAUUUAUUUAUUUAUUUUUGUUUCUUUUCCCAUACAAAUCAAUGGGAUUAUUGUUGCAAGAAAAGGGGAAAAAAAAAAAAAAUCAAUCCGAUUAUUGGUGUUCAUAACUUAUUUUUUAUAUGGAA